UCAUUUUCCAAGAUGGACGCCAGUUUGGAGAAGUUAUUGCAAGAUGAUGAAACAUUCAAGCAAUUCUUGGAGGAUAAUUUUGAUGAUAGGACAUAUGCAAACAACAUUAUUCAAAGUCGCGCCAUCAGCGAGUCGCUUGCCAGGUUGGCAGAUGGGAUAAACCUUUUGGACAAAGAACUUCACGCGCAGGUUGUUGAGCAUCAUGAAGAUCUUCUACAACAGGCGACAGGAAUUGAAACAUUAGAAGGUGUCCUACAGAUGAUGCAAACCAGAAUAAACUCAUUAAAGGCUUCUGUUGAAAGAAUUCAACAACAUGUUGUGGAACCAUAUUUCAAAAUUCAAUCAAGGACAGCCCAACUACGUCGCCUUCAGGAAGCCUGUGAUAUCUUGAGAAGAGUUAUUAGAGUCCUUUAUCUGACCAAACGGCUUCAAAGUCAACUUCAGGGUGGUACAAGAGAAAUCACUAAAGCUGCUCAAAGUCUCAGUGAACUGGAUUACCUUGUCCAAGGAGCAGACCUCUCUGGAAUCCAGGUGAUAGAAAAUGACUUAAAAGUGGCUGCCAAGGCAAGAGUGGAAGUGGAAAAUCAGGCACAGAGAAUGCUAUCUCAGGGCAUGACAACACAGAAUCAAACCCAAGUAGCCACAGCCCUGCAGGUGUUCUACAACCUGGGUUCGUUAGUCAGCAAAGUUAAUGAAGUGGUUGACAAGGUGAGGGAAAACCUGAUAAACAGUGUCAAAGAAGCUCUGGAUCCUAACACUCUCUCACAGAUGCAACCAAAUGCAGGAACAGGAGGUCCUGGUCGUGCCGCAAUGCCUACCCCAGGGAAUACAGCAGCUUGGAGAGCCACUUUGUGGACCAGAUUGGAGCAACUUAUGGACUCAAUCUACUCAGCUUGUGGCCAGGUUCAUCAUCUUCAAAAGGUUUUGGCAAAGAAACGAGAUCCUGUAACACAUGUUUGUUUUGUGGAGGAAUUGUUGAAGGAUGGGAAAUCUUGUACCACUUCCUUCUGGAAUUCAGUAACUUUAAUUUUGACGGAAGAAUUUGCACAGGCUGCCCAAGCCUCCACUUUUUUAAAGCAAGCAUUUGAAGGAGAGUACCCCAAACUACUACGGCUUUACAAUGAUCUGUGGUCUCGGUUACAGCAGUUUAGUAGUGCGUCAAAUGCUCCUACUACUGGCAUUGCUCUGCAAAUUGAGCCUUCAUUUAGUUUAUUUCCAAGCGCUGGGGAUCAGUUUAGCCUAAGUCCAGAGCAAGCCUUGAAGAACAGCCUGGCCCCAUUUGAAAAUGCCUACUUGUCGAGAUCUUUAUCCAGAUUACUCGACCCAAUUAACUUGGUGUUCCCAUCUGGUGCACGGAAUCCUCCUUCCAGGGAGGAGUUGGCCAGUAUCGCCAAGACGAUUUCAAGUGAACUGAGUGUGGCCAGUGUAGAUGUGGGACUCACAAUAACUGUAGCCAGAAAUGUCGCCAAAACAGUGCAGCUGUACACGGCAAAAUGCGAAGAACUGCUGGUGGCUGGUCUCGAAGGAAAUCAGUUAUACGACCACGUGACUCAAGCUCAGCAGAAGAACGCUGCCAUCGUGAAUAGCUUGUUCCAGUUACAUCAGGCCGUAACCAAGAUAGUAGAUGGUCUGUGGCCUCAGUCUCCUGGUGUUGCUGUGGAUGCAAUAUCCACCGGGUUACAGGGAAUUCUAGCGCUGAUUAAUUCAGCUCUGGAUCCGCUGCUUGAUGUGAUUAGACUUGAUUUGGAAAACCACAUAUUCAAGAUGCAUUCAGAGGAUUUCACAAGUUCGACCCUGUCACGUGACAUUGCUGAUAGCCCGGAUGCACCUUGUUCUGGUUACAUUCAAGACUUGCAGGAUUUUAUCAUCCACGUUCAAAAGAACUACAUUGCACUUUACGAGUGCAGAGAAAUUCUCUCGCAGAGGUUGGAAGAGAUGGUGUGUCGAACUAUUGAGCUGUUUGUUCGUCACGCCAGUCUACUCAGAGCCAUUGGCGAGGGAGGAAAACUCAAGCUUGCCGCUGACAUGGCUCAGAUUGAAUUUGCCGUUGGUCCAUUAUGCCACAAAGUGUCUGAUUUAGGAAAGUCCUACAAACUUUUGAGAUCUUUUAGACCUCUUUUAUUUCAAACCUCUGAAGACAUUGUAAAUAAUCCGGCCCUUGGGGAAAGCCUCCCUCACAGUGUGGUGCUGCAUCAUUUGUUUUCACGCGCACCAAACGAACUUAAAUCGCCUCAUGAGGUGGCUGGAUGGUCAUUAGGGUUCUAUUCUCAGUGGCUGGAUAACCAUACCUCAGAGGAAGAGAAGCUUGCACUUAUAAGAGGCACACUGGAGGCAUACGUUCAGUCAGUCAGAUCACGUGGAGAAAAAGAAUUUGCACCAGUGUAUCCUAUCAUGCUUAGGAUUCUUCAAGCUGCGAGCACUACAUAAGGUUCUUAACCCUACGGUGACAGGAAGAAAAGCAAACAAACAGAUAGACAAACAAAAACCAACAUCAACAUAGGAUCCAAAAAAUAACGUAGCAUAUUCCUGGAAGUUCGUUGCCAUUUGAAACUUUCCAUGUUUGAAAGAAAAAGAAAUUAAGUUAAUUUUUAUAGAUAAAAAUAUGGGCAAAUGUGGUUAUUAAAUUUUAUAGAUAGACAAGCAAAAACCAACAUCAAUAUAGGAUCCAAAAAAUAACGUAGCAUAUUCCUGGAAGUUCGUUUCCAGUUGAAACUUAUCAUGUUUGAAAGAAAAAGAAAUUAAGCUAAUUUUUAUGGUGGGUCGACAGAAAACAGGGAUAUGAAAUUGUCAAAUGUGUAUGUAACGGCUUAUCGUUAGAAGGCACCGAACUUCGAAUGCCAAUUCUUCACAUUCUCAAUUGGUUGAUGUUAUACUUUAAUUGAAACACAUUCCCUAAAUAGAGGGGCAUGAACAAAUGAGACUGGUGACGACCUUACAUCAGAGGACUUAACCUGGAUAAGUUUAAGAAAUAAGGAGAUACCAGGAACUGAGAAUUAACUUGGAUUGUUAAAAGGGGAAUUUGAAAGGCACCUUAAAAGUAGAAAAACCUUCAGUGGAGUCUUGAAAAGUUUUUCCAAGAUUGAUUAAGGUUAAGCUAAAACCAGAUUCCAGUUCUUGGGCCUCUAAGCCCAUGGAAUAAAGGUGUUUAAUAUAACUCAACUUUGAACUUUGCACAAGCCCAGAGUUAAAAGCUAAUGAAAUGGAAUAUUCCAACGAGUUUGCUUGCCCCCUUGGCGCAAGUUUUACUGAAUACAUAUUUAACUGAAAAGGAAUGUUUGGAUCUUGGAGUGUGGACUUGGUGUAACUUGAGCCGUAUGGUUGAGUUAACCCCUUGUUGAUUUCCUCUUAUAUUAGUAGACGGCACAUCUGAUUUUCAUAAGAAUUAUUUUGCGGAAAUAGCACAUUUGGCCAUAUUUGUGAGCUUUUUGGCCUGUAAUAUUCAUUGUUGUUUUCCACUGUUGUUCAAAAAACGGUGAAGAGGACUCCCUUUCAUGUUAAUGUUUGCCAAUUAUAUCCGGUCAUUUACGCAGUUAUCAACCAGGGGGGCCUUGCGACGCAUGUGGAAAGAUAUUUGCUCUCGCCUGAAAGAUAAGUUGAAGAUAAAUUCUGUGAUAUCUUAACAAAGAGAAAAUGAGAUGUUUGACUUGAAUCUGCAGCAUAAAGAAAUUGGGCAAGAAAUUGAAUUUGAUUUCUUAGUGGUUUUGUGGUUACAUCCUAAUGGGCACACCCGUUAGGGACGGCGUCUUGUUGUCUAGGACGCCUGUUUAACUUGUUUCCUUGAUGUUUGUUUGGCUGGAAAUGUGUAUUAGAUAUUCAUGAAGGUAGAAGUUCAUCUACGGCACAGUUCUUUUUCCUUAUGAUAGUUGUUUUUGAGUUGCCAGAGCUUUCAGCUGCGGUAAAAGUUAUUUUGCUUUAUCCUCACAAAAGAUUGCCGAACACCUGAGAGAACUGUUCAGUUUGAAUUUGUGGUUUCCUCAUUUCCGCCUCUAGAGAUAAAGAAUCCUUUGUGUAGGACGUUACCACGUUUACAAGCUACGUGCUUAAAUGAUGAAUGGUUUGUCAUGUUCACAUAUUACGCAAGAAACAUCGAUUCAUUGUUUAGUUUUAUUGCCUCUAAAUGAAGAACUUGAAUUGGGGAAUCCAAGGUCAAGCACAAUAGUGCCUUUCAUUGAACUUCAAACAAGAAAAAGGAGAAUAAAGAUAUUUUUAAACGGU